ACAGCUCCGUGCAGAUAUGGGUGUGUAGCUGCAGCAGCGUACCGAGCAGCCGCAGUGUGAUCGAAUGUGGUUCAAUGCGGGGCCGGUCGGGUUGAGCUGUAGGACAGAGAUAACACAGCGCAGGACCCUCUGAGAGCAUCAUCGGGCAAGCGGGAGGGGGACUGAUAUUCGUGAGCGGCGGAGGAAAUAUGCGCUCGCUUCUGGUGUUUUGCUGAUCAGAGAAUAACGACGGUCGUGGCAAAGCAGGAUGUGCGUAAAUAAAUUAAGAAGUUGAACGGGCAGGCAUUGGCAGCACUAUACCGGCUCACGAAGCUCUGUGAGGACGUCGGGGGUGGCUCGCUGGUCCAGGAUUUGAGAUCCAGUACAUGCACACAGGAUUUUUGUAAGGAUGGGACAAAGGCCGUGUAUUUUACGAGGGAGAUUGAUAUGAGCUGCCUACCCCAGACACCGUGCACUGACGAGGGAAGCUGUGUGUGUAUUUUCAUUUUUCUCUGUUGCAACCCAGAGAGGAACAACGCGCAUCGGGGCGGCUGCAGCUUCUGGGCUUUGUAGAGGCUGAAUAGAGGCAGGCAGGUUCUUUUGUGACAAAACCGUGAGAGACUGAAAGAAAACUCGGCUUUAACAACAGUGGCUUUUUGGAGGUCUUGUUCCCACCGCACAUUGCAGAAUUAACAUUAUCCAAGAACCCUAUUCAAAUGCCUUCAGUGUUUAUUUGGUUAUUAGACGCACUAGUACCGUGGUGUGUAUAGAGGCUACUUUAAUUGCCAGGCUUGUUCAGUCGAGCUGGAUUUUCUUGCCAUUCCUCUCGCUGUCUGCCCAUUGUGUGUGUGUGUGUGUCGUGAUCUGUAUCUAGGCACCGAAACUGUGGGAGAGAGACGGGAGUCCGCUGAGCUUCGUAUGGUUGGUUCAUACGCCCUGGUCGGGGGAUGAGAUGAGGAAAUCGGCUACUCAAACACAGACACACCUCGGCACCUGCGGCAGGUACAUUAUAGGUAUGGGACAGAAGGAUCUGUAAGGAUGCUCUGAAGAGCAGUGUGCUGGAACCCGGCUCCUGUGACAGCGAGGGAGGGCAGCGGUGGCGAUGUUGCCCGGAGUGGGCGUGUUCGGGACAGGCAGCACGGCCCGUGUCCUGGUGCCCCUGCUGCGGGCCGAGGGCUUCUCAGUGGAGGCGGUGUGGGGUCGCACGGAGGAGGAGGCCAGGCAGCUGGCGGAGGAGCUUGGUAUCUCCUUCUACACCAGCCGGACGGACGAUGUGCUGCUGCACCAGGACGUGGAGCUGGUCUGCAUUAACAUCCCACCCCCCCUCACCAGGCAGAUCGCUGUCAAAGCUCUGGGGAUCGGUAAGAAUGUGAUCUGCGAGAAGGCAGCUACGUCGGUCGACGCCUUUAAGAUGGUGACGGCCGCCCGCUACUACCCCAAGCUGAUGAGCCUGAUGGGAAACGUGCUGCGAUUCCUGCCUGCCUUCGUGCGCAUGAAGCAGCUGAUUGACGAGGGCUACGUGGGGGAGGUGAUGGUCUGCGACGUGCGGGUGUACUGGGGCAGCCUGCUGAGCAACACCUACAACUGGAUCUGCGAUGAGCUGAUGGGCGGGGGGGGCCUGCACACCAUGGGCAGCUACAUCGUGGACCUGCUGAGCCACCUGACCGGGCAGCGGGCCCAGAAGGUCCACGGCCUCUUGAAGACCUUCGUGAAGCAGAACGGGGCCAUCCGUGGGAUCCGCCACGUCACCAGCGACGACUUCUGCUUCUUCCAGAUGCUGAUGAGCGGUGGGGUCUGCAGCACCGUCACCUUGAACUUCAACAUGCCGGGCGCGUUCGUGCACGAGGUCAUGGUGGUGGGGUCGGCCGGCAGGCUGGUGGCUCGGGGCACGGACUUGUACGGCCAGAAGAACACCUCCUUCCAGGAGGAGCUGCUCCUGGCUGAUACCUCGCACCUCGGCACGGCUGUGGAGAAAGGGCUCAGGGAGGUCCCCUUGCCCUACCUGAAGGGCAUGGUGUGCAUGGUGCAGGCUCUCCGGCAGUCCUUCGAGGAGCAGGAGGACAGGAGGACCUGGGAACACAAGCCGGUCUCCAUGGCAGCCUCCUUCGAGGACGGCCUCUACAUGCAGAGCGUGGUGGACGCCAUCAAGCAGUCCAGCAGGUCUGGAGAGUGGGAGGUGGUGGAGAUCAUGACAGAGGAGCCCGACGCCAACCAGAAUCUGUGCGAGGCCCUUCAGAGGAACAACCUGUAGGAUCUGCAGCUCCCAUGUGCAAGUAGACUCUGUGCUAGAACGGCUGUUGAACCAUGAAAAGCUCUCAAUGUUUGCAAACUUUGGAGAAUUUAUGUAAUUGAUUAGUUUCACUAUCUGGAGUCAGCAGCUAAAUUCACCUCAGUUUUGGAGGGGUGCGAGAGUGGCACUGCAAUUCAGUCUUUUGCACGUUUGCAUCCCCAGGCACCAACUCAAGGCCUCCCUCAAGAGUCUCAAUUCACCUAAAUAAUCCCUGGAGCCUCCAUUUUAACCCUGACAGACUCAGACUGACUAAUUGUGCCCUGGGAGCUACAUGUCCUGCAUUUACAGCUUCAGUUUACUUUAGCAGUGAGUUAACGCUUAGAACAGUUCUAUAAGGAUGAUUUUUGUAGACGAUUUUCACCAAGCCUUUUGUUUUUCGUCAGAACCUUACAUGUAAGGGUGUUCAUGGUUUGGGUGUUCUCAGGUCAGCAAGACUAUACACAGCCUUUAAAAGGGUAGAAAUGGCACAUUAUCUAGGUCAUAUAAGGCUGUUGUACUUCAUGAAUUUGAGCUGAGAUGUUUUCAAAUCUAAAUGAAAGCUUUGUUAGCCUGAUCUGUGCAGUCUAGCACGUUAUGUUUACUUUACAAACAUGUAUCGCCUUGGUCUUUUUGGAGUUCAGCUCACUUGUGUCAAGCAGCUAAUAUGCACCCAAGCUUGUGUUUUUGCAGGUUUUGGAUGAUGCACUGAUGGCCUCCUACCUAUUGUUUUAUUUGUAUUUCUGUAGAAUGACCUUUUUCAUGCUUUAUAUAAGCAUUUUACAUUGAAAUGUACUGGCUACAGUGGAGAUAAUUGGGACUCGUAUGGCCUUUAAAGCCAUAUGCUAAUUAACUUUAGCUGUGCUACUGAUGGUAAAUAAUUAAAAACAAAAUAAACAGCAACAAACAAAGGAGUUGCAUGAAGGCAUGAUCCUCUUACAGUUGGCCUGCCCUUCAUUUAAUCAGUGCUGUGGUGUAAUGGUGCAUGAAGGACCUCAUUUACAACCUGAACAGGCAGGUACUGGAAGUGAAGAGGCAGCUCCCAGUCUAUUGCGUGCCCCUAGUCAAGACUGCAGGACCUGGCACUGCAUGCUUCAUUAACGGAGUGUUCAAUCCUGCUUUCCCUGGUGGAAUGUACCGUGCAGCAUGGAUUCAGCUCAGUCUUGUUUGCUCUUAGUUUUACAAUGGUAACAAUUGGCUGACACGGACCCCCUCUCCCUCCAAACAUUCAGAAUCCCACACGGCCGAGUUGUGUGCUAUGACCAGGCAGCUCACUGCCUCUUCUGCUGCCUCUUGUGCUUCUUUGACUUUCAAAGCUGUUCAUUUGUGCACUGUAUAUUGUGGUAGUGCGGAACACUGUAUUUAUGUCCUUAUUUUUGUUUUUUUUGGCAAAAUAUUUUCUCAGCUACAUAUUUUUAAAGAGUGUUUGCACUGUAUAGGCAUAGACCAGUUUCUUAAAAGCUGUAUAUAGUUUGUAGAUGGAUAUUUAUUCAUUUGGCUUUUGUUAUAAGUUCAAUUAUAUAUAUAUAUAUAUAUAUAUAUAUAUAUAUAUAUAUAUAUAUAUAUAAUUAAUCUUUUUUGGUGAUGUUGCUGUAUGACAAGUGUCUGAGACUCGUGUUUUUAAAGCCUGAUUUUAAAAACAAUUCUAUGUAUUUUUAAUGUCAAAUUGAGAGUAACCGUUAAAGGAAAUUAAACAUGUUGUAGCCACACUGUCUUUGUUGCUUAACACUGGAAAACCCUGGUGAUAUAGCCAGGUGAAUCCAGUAUAUAAGGAACCUUACAUACUGUAUAGAAAUUACCACGAUGAUUGAAAUAUUAACAUUGAACUGUACCAACAUUUAUAUAUAUAUAUAUAUAUAUAUAUAUAAUUUGAAUUGAAUUGGUGCAUACAAAAGAAGCAAAAAAAUAAGCAUAAAACAUAAAGGCUGCAAAUAAAUACGUUGUAGUACUGCUGUGGGCUAGCUUUUCAUCCCCUGGAAGCCAUACUAAUGGUAGAGCAUAUGGAAAACUACAAAGCGGUAUGUAAUUCAAUAUGUUAACACAGCAUUGUUCAGCUGGUUUCAUUCGACGUUAUGAAGAAAAAUGAGUUAAUUCUACAGAGUGAUGUCAAACUUUUGGCCAUCGUUUACAGUAAGUUGAUUCAGACUUCCCAUAAAAAGUUAACAUUGAGAGGCCUUUCAUUUACUGCUCUUUCUCGUUUCAUUACAAACGUUGGUGACUCUUGGUUUCUCCAUGCUUCCUCCUGGAGUGUGCCGUGGUUGAAUCCUCAUAGCAUCAAUCAGCAUAAAUAUAAAACAUCCUUAAAAAAAAACCUAAGGGAACAUUUAAAAACGUUCCAUAAAAAAACAGAAAAAUAAACCAUUGGUUUAAACGGUCCCUAAGGUUUUGUGAAUAAUCUUCUUAUUAAUUAUUCUUAUUCUUAUUAUUUUACCAGGUCUUUCAGAUACAACAUCUUGUUUCUGUAAAGUAGUAAAUCCAAAAGAAAACGUAUCAACGAGAAUUCUGUCAAUAAGCUUCAGUCUGAUCAUUCAUGUCAUUUUAGUACAAGGACCAUUAUUAAAGUUAGCGAUUCUCACAAGACUUCCCUUUUACGCCUCUUGCAGGUUUAACCUUUAUGUGAAGUGUACCUUGCAGGGAGUUUAAGAUCGUGAAGGUGUACAGGACUGGCAAGUUAACGUAUCCCAUGGAGAAGACGCCCAGCACCCAGGUGAUGCCCAGCAAACGGGUGAACCCCAGUCCCCAGGUGAUGCCCAGCAGACAGGUGAACCCCAGCCCUCAGGUGAUGCCCAGCAGACAGGUGAACCCCAGCCCCCAGGUGAUGCCCAGCAGACAGGUGAACCCCAGCUCUCAGGUGAUGCCCAGCAGACAGGUGAACCCCAGCCCCCAGGUGAUGCCCAGCAGACAGGUGAACCCCAGCCCUCAGGUGAUGCCCAGCAGACAGGUGAACCCCAGCCCCCAGGUGAUGCCCAGCAGACAGGUGAACCCCAGCCCUCAGGUGAUGCCCAGCAGACAGGUGAACCCCAGCCCUCAGGUGAUGCCCAGCAGACAGGUGAACCCCAGCCCUCAGGUGAUGCCCAGCGGACAGGUGAACCUGUCUGUUUACCUGUUUACGCUUUGAAGUCUAUCUGCAAUAAAUGGAAGAGGCUGGUUGCGUAACACAGUUUAUUUUUGUCCCAUUUCCGAUAUUUUUAGCUGUGCCAUCACUUGAUAUUUUUAGUUGUGACUCCAAGUUUACAAUGUUAAAAUCUGUACAGCAUUCAGUCAUAUUAUAUGUAUGAUUAGCUGCGAGAUGAUCAUUCAGGUAAAUGUUUAGAUAUUCUGUGUCCCAUGUCAUGGGGAAUCUAUCUCCACUUAUGGAAUAGUCUGAUUUCUGAUUUGUUUUAAAUGGAAUGCCAACAUAGAUAGACACUUGUGCACUGUUGUAUCUGAUUAUCCAUGUACCAGAACCAACAUUUAAAUAAACCAUUGUGCCUUUAUUUUCAGUAUGGCCAUUCAGGGUAAAGCCAUUAAGACAAUCCCCUGGAACAAACAACACAAAAGAUGAGAGAGAACCAUUUAGGACAAAAUCACAAUAAUCAACACUUUGUAGAAAAGGAGAGAAAGAGAAGAGUUAAGCUUGGUCUAAAAAUACAAUUUUACAAUGGAAGGGAGUCUGAGUGUAUCAACGUAAGAUAUCAAGGACUAUUCCGUAAGUGCAAAUGAGGCGGAGGUUCGACACUGGGAUGUCACUGGACACAGCAUCAGCAAGUUCAAUACAUAAACCUGCAAGGGCUGAGAAAGCUUCUCAAAGACAGAGACUCCGAAUUCUGGCACAACCUGGGACAAGACCAGUACUGAACAUGUCACAGUGAAGACAAAGUAAAAGCACAAGCAAGCAUAGUUAAUCACAGAAAAGCACUCGCAAACAAGAAAUACAAACUGUGCUGUACGUGACAUUUUUAAUGUAUAAGAUUGUCUGCAAGCAUCUUAAAGGCCUUGCUAUCAGCACACCUGUGAAAGCCCACUUCUGGUGCGUUAAUUAUCUGUGUUGUUUUACACGAGAGACCUUUCCUCUGUUGUUUCUCGUUUUAAAAUCACCCGUUUUAUAGAGCUGUAACAUUAACCCUACCUGUCUGCAGAUAAAGAUAGUCAAACUCAAACCCAUGCAAAUAUCCUGGUAUCUUUUCAGUGGGAAGUCAUGGCUCAAAAUAAACAAGAAAAUGGCAUUCCUGGACAUGCAUAUUUAAUCAAGGCAAAACAGGAGCUGUAAACGCACAAAGAAAUGGCUUUGAAAACCACAGUACUGUAUUGUGUUUUUUUACAAACCACAACCUUGGUUCAAAGAUAAAAUACAUUAUCAUGAUGGGGUCAGAAAUAUAAAGCACAAAUGCAAAUUAGUCUAACUUUGUUAAAUAAAAUAUAUAUAUAUAUAUAUUAUUAUUUAUUUCUUAGCAGACGCCCUUAUCCAGGGCAACUUACAAUUGUUACAAGAUAUCACAUUAUACAUUAUUUCACAUUAUACAGACAUCACAUUAUUUUUUACAUACAAUUACCCAUUUAUACAGUUGGGUUUUUACUGGAGCAAUCUAGGUAAAGUACCUUCCUCAAGGGUACAACAGCAGUGUCCCCCACUGGGGAUUGAACCCAUGACCCUCCGGUCAAGAGUCCAGAGCCCUAACCACUACUCCA